AAGCAGGUGCUGGUGCGGCUAACUACAUUAAGCUAAGAGUGAGAGUCAGCAACACUCUGCAGAAGAUGAUGAAGUUCAUCUUCCCAAACAACGUCAUCUUCAUAGCUUUUCUAUUAUCAACAGCAACACUCACAUCUUCACAAUCAGAAUCUUCAGAAUCCAACAUCAUUUCACGUUUCCAACAAUUCCUCAAAAUCAAAACCGACCACCCAACCCCAAACUACAAACAAUCCUCCGAUUUCCUAACAUCACAAGCCAAUUCCCUCUCACUCCAUUCCCAAACAAUCGAACUCGCUCCAGGAAAACCCUUAGUCCUUCUCAAAUGGACCGGAACAAGCCCAGAACUUCCCGCCAUCAUGCUCUACUCCCACACCGAUGUUGUCCCUGCAGAACACGAUAAAUGGGACCAUCCUCCCUUCGAAGCACAUCUGGAUUCCGAGGGAAAAAUCUACGCGAGAGGCUCUCAGGAUAUGAAGUGUGUUGGAAUGCAGUAUCUUGAAGCUGUUCGGAAGCUUAAAGAAUGGGGGUUUCAACCCAAACGGAGUAUUUAUUUGGCUUUUGCUCCUGAUGAGGAGAUUGGUGGACAUGAUGGUGCUGAAAAGUUUUCUCUUUCUAGUGUUUUUCAGGAUUUGAAUGUUGGUAUAGUGCUUGAUGAAGGGUUGGCUUCUCCGGAUGAUCAUUACAGGGCGUUCUAUGCGGAGAGGAGUCCGUGGUGGCUGAAAAUCAAGGCUGUUGGGAUUCCGGGACAUGGGGCCAAGCUUUAUGAUAACUCUGCAAUGGAGAAUCUUUUGAAGAGUAUUGAGAGUAUCCGAAGGUACCGUGCCUCGCAGUUCGACUUGAUCAAGGCCGGCUUGAAGGCCGAUGGGGAAGUUACUUCGAUUAACAUGGCCUUUUUGAAGGCUGGCACUCCUUCACCAACAGGUUUUGUCAUGAAUUUGCAGCCAUCUGAAGCAGAAGCUGGAUUUGAUAUUAGAGUGCCACCGACUGCGGAUACAGAAUCACUGGAGAGGCGAAUUGCCGAAGAGUGGGCACCUACUUGGCGUAAUAUGUCUUUCACCCUCGGGCAGUUCAAACAAAAGGUGUCUGUGCGUGAUGCAUCCGGGAAACCAGUUGUCACCAAAACUGACAGUUCAAAUCCUUGGUGGGCAUUGUUAGAAAAUGCUGUCCAAGAGGCCGGUGGGAAACUUGGCAAGCCAGAGAUCUUUCCUGCAUCCACGGAUGCACGCUAUUUCCGCAAUCUUGGAUUGCCAGCAAUUGGAUUCUCACCUAUGGCAAACACUCCUAUCCUACUCCAUGACCACAAUGAGUAUCUUCACAAAGAUGAAUACUUGAAAGGAAUCAAAAUAUAUGAGUCGAUUAUUAAAGCAUAUGCUUCCUUUGAUGAACAUGGAAAUGAUGAAAGGUCCAAAGAUGAGUUAUGAGCAAAGGUUGUGGUUGUGGCACUCUGGCUUUGUCUCAGAUGUAACAUGAUUUGAAGUGACUCAAUAAGAGGAAAUAAACUCUUCUGCUAAACUUUGAUCGAAGCCACUUCGCCUUAAGUGAAUAUUUUAUUUGUUAAACUUUCUGUGCAUAAUUUUGUAAUAGGAAAACUACUCUAUUAUGUUUGACUGUGUUUGUUUGCUUCUAAGAAGUGCCUUACAUUAAUUAAUAGAAAACCAACAAACAAGAACAGCAUACAAUUUUUGAUC